ACACACACAUAUAUAUACAUACACAUACAUAUACACAUAGUGAUGUGUGAAGAUCGAUAUCCCUAUUGCAUGUGAUGGCUCUUUUAAUAUCCUACUAGAGAAUACCCUUAAGUGUUUUCUCCUGGAGCCCAACUUUUUCUUUGUUUCUUUCCUGAUAUGACUCUGUUGUAUGGACAUUCUGAGAGGGUGAGAUAUAUUUGUUUUGAAAUUUUGGAACUUGUAGCCUGUACUUUGUUUCUGAAUGUGCAGAGCAUGAUGGCAGCAUCUGAGGUCGCUGGCGUGGUGGCCACUGCUCCCAGUCCUCCGGAAUCCUCGUCUAGUGUAUGUGCUUCCAAACCAGACGAAGUUCUCCCAGACGGUCUAAGCCCCAAAGACCCUGCACAGAAGCACAAGAACUCGCCUCUGUCGAGUGUAAGUAACCAAACGAUAACCAAGGAGAAUAACAGAAAUGCCCAUUUGGAACACCCAGAGCAGAAUCCUGGUUCAUCAGCAGGUGACACUUCAGCAGCGCACCGGGCGGUUUUAGGAGAAAACUUGAUAGCCACGGCCCUUUGUCUCUCUGGCGGUGGGUCUCAGUCUGAUUUGAAGGACGUGGCCAGCACAGCGGGAGAGGAGGGGGACACACGCCUCCGGGAGAGCCUCCACCCCGCCACUCGGUCUCUUAAGGCAGGGUGCGAUACAAAGCAGCUUGCCUCCGGGAAUUGUCCUGAAGAGAAGGCCCCACAAGCCUCCAUCCUAAAGGAAGGGAGCAGGGACACAGGCUUGGAUUUCCCACCUGUGGUGCCUCCAGCAAAUGGGGUUGAAGGAGUCAGAGUGGAUCAGGAUGAUGAUCAGGAUAGCUCUUCCCUGAAGCUUUCUCAGAACAUUGCCGUCCAGACUGACUUUAAGACGGCUGAUUCAGAGGUAAACACAGAUCAAGAUAUUGAAAAGAAUCUGGAUAAAAUGAUGACAGAGAGAACCUUGUUGAAGGAGCGUUACCAGGAGGUCCUGGACAAGCAGAGGCAAGUGGAGAAUCAGCUCCAAGUGCAAUUAAAGCAACUUCAGCAAAGGAGAGAAGAAGAAAUGAAGAAUCACCAGGAGAUAUUAAAGGCUAUCCAGGACGUAACAAUAAAGCGAGAAGAAACAAAGAAGAAGAUAGAGAAAGAAAAGAAGGAGUUUUUGCAGAAGGAGCAGGAUCUGAAAGCUGAAAUUGAGAAGCUUUGUGAGAAGGGCAGAAGAGAAGUGUGGGAAAUGGAACUGGAUAGACUCAAGAAUCAAGAUGGUGAAAUAAAUCGGAACAUUAUGGAAGAGACAGAACGUGCCUGGAAGGCAGAGAUCUUAUCACUAGAGAGUCGGAAAGAGUUGUUGGUAUUGAAACUAGAAGAAGCAGAAAAAGAGGCAGAACUGCACCUUACUUACCUCAAGUCAACUCCCCCAACACUAGAGACAGUUCGUUCCAAACAGGAGUGGGAGACAAGACUGAAUGGAGUUCGGAUAAUGAAAAAGAAUGUUCGGGACCAAUUUAAUAGUCAUAUCCAGCUAGUGAGGAAUGGAGCCAAGCUGAGCAGCCUUCCUCAGAUCCCGACUCCCACUUUGCCUCCACCCCCAUCAGAGACAGACUUCAUGCUUCAGGUGUUUCAACCCAGUCCCUCUCUGGCUCCUCGGAUGCCUUUCUCCAUUGGGCAGGUCACAAUGCCCAUGGUUAUGCCCAGUGCAGAUCCCCGUUCCUUGUCUUUCCCGAUCCUGAACCCUGCCCUUUCCCAGCCCAACCAGCCUUCCCCACCCCUUCCUGGCUCCCAUGGGAGAAAUAGCCCUGGCUUGGGUUCCCUUGUCGGCCCCCAUGGUCCACACGUGCCCCCUGCCGCCUCCAUCCCACCUCCCCCAGGCUUGGGUGGUGUUAAGGCUUCUACUGAAACUACCCGGCCCCAACCAGUAGACAAACUGGAGAAGAUUCUGGAGAAGCUGCUUACUCGGUUUCCACAAUGCAAUAAGGCCCAGAUGACCAACAUUCUUCAGCAGAUCAAGACAGCACGUACCACCAUGGCAGGUCUGACCAUGGAGGAGCUGAUCCAGCUGGUAGCUGCGCGACUGGCAGAGCACGAGCGGGUGGCAGCAAGUACUCAGCCCCUUGGUCGGAUCCGGGCCCUGUUCCCUGCUCCAUUGGCCCAAAUCAGUACCCCAAUGUUCUUGCCUUCUGCCCAAGUUUCAUAUCCUGGGAGGUCUUCACAUGCUCCAGCCACCUGUAAACUGUGUCUAAUGUGCCAGAAACUUGUCCAGCCCAGUGAGCUGCACCCAAUGGCAUGCACCCAUGUGCUGCACAAGGAGUGUAUCAAAUUCUGGGCCCAGACCAACACAAAUGACACUUGUCCCUUUUGUCCAACUCUUAAAUGACGGACCUGACUGGGGAGGAAGAAGAGGAGAAACUGAUGUGAACAGGAAGCGCGGGUUCAAGAUUUCUAAAACUCUAUAUUUAUACAGUGACAUAUACUCAUGCCAUGUACAUUUUUAUUAUAUAGGUAAUGUGUGUAUAGAAAGUCUGUAUCCAGAUGUUCGUAAAUGAAAGUAUGUAUAUUAUGCAGAAAUGGUCUGUCCCCCUCACCUUUCAGUUCCUCUGGGGGAAGCAGAUUGUAGGUAAGAUGGUAUUUAAUUUGGCCUUGAAAUUAUGAUAUUCCUGCCUAGGGCUGUUUUCAGAUGCAAUAUAAAAACCAUCUAGGAAGCUGCUCUUGCUCUAAGGCCACCCUGCUCUGAUUUGGCUCAGCCUCUAGUCCAUUUUCUUAAGGCUCAUGUACGCCGAUUUGAACCCUGGUGCUCACCUGCUGUCCAGCCAGAUGCCUUGCUUAUUGAAAGCCUCCGGAAGCCUCAGUGCUAUUCUAGCCCCCCUACUCCAAAUGGAGAAAAUGAGACUGAUUGAGGAAAAAAUAUAUAACCCUGAUGGUUUGAUUUUUCGUUGAACAUUUUACUGUUUUAACACUCAUUAUUUGUACAUAGACAUUAGGUUUACAGAAUAGUCUGUUUACAUCAGCAAAAUUCACAGUCCAAGAAUAACAACAUAACCAGGUCCCGUUUCCCCCAUGCCUCCACAAACUUCUGUCCACCCUACUUCCUGGAUAGUCAUCUCUUUAGAAACUAGCAUAGCCCACAGGUCUUUCCUGGGCCAAGCCAUCCCUUUCCACCACUGACUUGGCUUCUGAUCAAGCUUUCACAGACCAACCUUGUGAAGUCCUCACCGCUUCCCCUUCACUUCUGGUCUUCUAGUCUAGCUAUCUCCCCUCCCCUUGAAGGUUAAGGCAGUUGGUUCACAACCAAGUUGUUUGGUGACCUUGGGUGAGUUCCAGGCAGGCACUGGGGUGAGGGGAUGUCUGUGCAAAAUUCCUUUCAGGAUGAUCUUGGGAUAUGGGUUUGAAUUUUUGAAGCAAGAAAGCUAUGGGGGACAUGCUUCCUGUCCUGGGACAAAUGGAGACCAAAGUGCUGUGAAGAAGGGAGGUUAGAUUUCAGGUUUAUAAGUCAUUUGUUCUGUGGGUAGCUGUCUGGAGCGAGGUCAUUUUUCCACCUCUGCUUAUUGAGCACUUCCAGUUUCUAGGUUUAUACCGAGGAAAGCUGCGUUUCUAUUACAGCUUUGAAUCCUUUCCUGUCGCUUUAUCUUUACUCCUAAUGGAAAUGGCUUCAGCUCCCUUCUCUUUUGGAAUUAAACAAGUAAAAAGUAAGCAGUAAUAAAAAAAAAUUAGCUCCAGGAAAGGAUAUUACUAUAUUACCAACAGGUGAAUUUUUCCCAUUCUGGGACCUGGAAAUGCUUACUCGCACUAGUGGUACAUAUGAGGGUAGCAAAGAUUUUUCCUUUCAGAGCCAAAUAAUUCUCUCCUCUCUCUUUAUGUUACUCUUCCUUGUCUUUCAUCCUUGCCUAUCAGCUCAUGAACAUACUCUUUCUCUUCUCUAGUCUUACUUGUCCCGGUUUAUUGACUGGCAACAGUGUAAGGAAAUGGACUUCCUGGGAUCUCCUUGGCAUCUUUUAGGGUGAUGGAAAUGGCCUGAGUACUCCCCACUGUAGAGGUCAGAUGACCCACUUUCUUUGGUUAAUGAAAUAUUAAUGACUCUAGUUUGGUAGCCAUCAUGAACAGGGAAUGUGGCAAAAUGGAAGACCAGUUCCUUUGUUCUUUUCAUUUGGUGGGGGGGGGGAUUCAUUUUUUAUCUUGUAAUCUUAAGAUUUUAUCUCCCCUUAACUUUGCAGCAGCCUUUGGGCCACUUGCAGUAUUUUUCAGUAUCCAAUGAAAAUAUAGAAAUUAGAAGUGGGUCUAAAAAAUAUCCUGUUUCUUUUCUACAAAUCUUUGACACCAAAGGAGUAAAGAGAAAACAGGAGGGGAUGGGGGGCUUAACUGCUUCCUAGUGAAAGCCCCUGGAAACCAGCUGCAGCAGGAAGACAGUGUGGUGGAGGGUGUGCGUGGGGGCCGGGACUCAUCGUCGCUCUUUGCUCCUUCUUGUUCAGGAUCAAUCCGAAAGCAACAGUUAAGUUUUGGCCACCCUUGUUCUCCCUUUUCCCUCUGUCCACUGGCCUGCACUGGUACAAGCUGUGCAGACCCCUGGGGAAGGCCCCUGAUGCAGGGAGUGGAGAUGGGACAGUCAUUUUUCUGGCAUAGAAUUUAAAAAUAGAAAUAUAGAAUACAUAUUUUUACAAGGAAGAAGCUGUUGUCUAGAUUUUUUUUUUUACACUUCAGAGUUCACGGUUUCAGGGUAGAAAGGAAGAAACUGUUAAAAGAAAAGUA